GAGAGAGAGAGAGAGAGAGAGAGAGAGAGAGAGAGAGAGAGAAUGGAGAUCAUUAGACAUGGUGAAGAUGAAGUGUAUGAGGCAGCAUGUUCUGGGUGUGUAGAAUCCUUAAACGCAUUGAUCGAAAAAGACCCACAUAUUCUUAUAAAGCUUGCACUAACCACCGAAACUGAAACACCCUUACAUAUAUCGGCUUUGCUUGGCCACCUUGAGUUUACCAAAACCCUUCUCACUCGUAUUCCAAAACUUGCAAAAGCGUUGAACUCCUUUAGACGCACACCUUUGCACUUGGCUUCUGCUGGGGGGCACAAGGAGAUCGUCCAGGCUUUGCUCUCUGCAUAUCCUGAGGCGUGCUUGUGUCGUGAUGAGAAGGGAAGAAUCCCUCUUCACUAUGCUGCCAUGAGAGGAGAAGUUGAGGUCCUCAAGGAGUUGACACGUGCAAAUCAUGAUUCCGUUUACCUUACGGUUGAUAAUGGAUUAAAAGAAACUGUUUUGCACUUGUGUGUUAAACAUAACCAGUUAGAGUGCUUGAAAUUUCUGGUUCAACUGGUGAGAGACGAAGGUGAGUUCCUCAACUCAAAGGCUGGCUCUGAUGCUGGUAUGACCAUCCUGCAGUUAGCUUGGAUGCGAGGGCAAAUUCAGACCGUACGUUACCUGCUCUCCUUCGUUGUUAUAAGAGCAGAAGCGACUGCUGUUAAUGGGAUGUCUUCGAUCAUGUCAGAUGUCUUAGAAAUUAAUAAUGAAAAUGAUCGCGUCCCUCCUCCUCCUCCUCCAGCUGCUGCUGAACCAUCACCAAAUCGAAGUGCAAAGAAGAAAAAAGGAGCAAAGGGGUGGAAGAAGAAAUUGACUAAAUGCUUUAAAUAUCCCAAACAAUGGUUGGAAGACUCGCGUGCCAUGCUGAUGGUUGUGGCAACCGUGAUCUCAACCAUGACUUUCCAAGCUGUAAUUAGCCCACCAGGUGGUGUUUGGCAAGAAAAUAACACAAACUCUUCCUAUUGCCACGAAAAUGAAUGUAUAGCUGGAACUGCAGUGUUAGGCUACGCCAAUCCAGAUUACUUCCUUCUCUUCAUAAAGUUCAACACCAUCUCGUUCCUUGCUUCGGUGAGCGUCACCCUUUUGCUAGUUAGUGGAUAUGCUUUCCAUAAUCGGAUAGGUAAGUGGCUCUUGUCAAUGGCCAUGUGCGUCACCCUCACAUUCAUGGCGCUUGCCUACCUACGGGUUCUGUAUUUGGUGGUCCCAGAAGCCAAUCGCGAUUCAGUUAUAUCAAUAAGCCAUGCAUGCUUUUAUCUUUGGAUUGUGUUGCUGGUGAUCUUCAGUAGUGUGAUGAACACUAUUCGCUUUCUCAUCUGGAUGGUGAAGAAGUUGCGGACCGCCUACGUUAGGUCAAAAUCAUGUCUCCAGAAAAUCAUCCGUAGUCGCUCCUUUUCACGUAAUGCUUCAAUAGAUUCCGAGGAGAAUGCGGCUGCAGGUGUUUAAGAGGACCAAUUAAUCAGUAUUUGUAUUAUCGCACCUAUUAGCUUGUGUGAUUUCAUGUGUUGGAGGA